UUUAUUAUUAUUUUUUAUUCAAGCACCUACACAUAAUGGAAAUACUGGCACUUUAUCUCAAUCAGUAAUAAAGAGGACAAGGACAAAGAUAGAAUCACAUCCAAGAAUAAAAUUAAAUAACUACCGACAAAAGUGUCCAAUGAUGAACUCCACAUGGGUCCUAAACACUUCAUCUCCACUCUCUCUAACUCAAUAUCUCUAUCCGUCAAACUCAGAAACCGCCCUCUUCUUCUUGCCUUCAUCUCUUUGUGUUUGAAACACAAAUUGAAGUUUUAAUUCAUACUGUACAUACCAUUUCUUUGCCAUCCAAAGAUAUGGGCAGAGAAAGCAUUGAAGAAGGAGAGCUAUCAACUCCUCUAGUUGCCAAAGAAGAACACCAUCAACUAUAUGGCAGUGAUGCUAGUAGUGGUGACCAUGCUUGUGCCAACACUACUGGUUGUGAUGAUGGUGGUGAGAGUCAGAGUGGAUCUUCCUCAGCCACAGCCACAGGUGUGGUUGUGCUUAGCACUUUGGUUGCUGUCUCUGGUUCCUAUGUUUUUGGCACAGCUGUGGGAUAUUCAUCACCUGCUCAGUCUGGAAUCGUGGAUGACCUGGGUCUUACUGUGGCAGAGUACUCACUUUUUGGUUCAAUAUUGACAAUUGGAGCAAUGAUAGGUGCAAUAGUGAGUGGCCAAAUAGCAGAUUACAUAGGUAGAAGAGGUACAAUGGGGUUUUCAGAGAUAUUCUGCCUGGCAGGGUGGCUGGCCAUAGCAUUCUCAAAGGGUGCUUGGUGGCUUGACCUUGGGAGACUGUUGGUUGGUUGUGGGAUGGGACUCCUUUCCUAUGUGGUACCUAUAUAUAUAGCAGAAAUAACACCUAAGAAUCUUCGGGGAGGGUUUACAACUGUUCAUCAGUUGAUGAUUUGUUGUGGGGUAUCGUUAACAUAUCUAAUUGGAGCUUUUGUGAAUUGGCGAACUUUGGCUCUGAUUGGAACUAUACCAUGUCUAGUACAACUUCUUGGUCUAUUCUUCAUUCCAGAAUCUCCAAGAUGGCUGGCAAAAAUUGGUCGAAAGAAAGAAAGUGAAGUUGCUCUACAGCACCUUAGGGGGCAGAAUGCGGAUAUCACUCAAGAAGCUACUGAGAUUAGAGAGUACACAGAAACCCUUCAACAGCUUUCUGAAGCUAGAAUUCUUGACUUAUUUCAAUGGAAAUAUGCUCAUUCACUUAUUGUUGGAGUUGGCCUGAUGGUACUACAACAAUUUGGAGGAGUCAAUGGAAUUGCAUUUUAUGCAAGUGCUAUAUUCAUAACAGCUGGGUUUUCGGGUAGUAUUGGGACCAUAGCAAUGGUCAUUGUUCAGAUUCCAAUGACAGCAUUAGGGGUAAUUUUUAUGGAUAAAUCUGGACAACAACUACUUCUAUUGGUUUCUGCAGCAGGAACAUGCUUAGGCUGCUUUCUUGUGGGAUUGUCAUUGUUCUUGCAGGAUCUUCAAACAUGGACCAAGAUCAUUCCAAUUUUAGCGCUUGUUGGUGUACUGGUAUUGCUAUCAUCCCAAGGACAGUUCUUUCUUCUUUAUACUAUAUACCAAAGGAAAAACAGAAAGUAGAAAAAAAGUUUCUUUUUGGGAUGUGUCCUCCUUUGAGUUUCCACAUGAUAUCAAGAUGAUGAUUCAAGCUAAUCCCAUUGCUAUGACAAGUAGAGGAAGUGACAAACUAGCUUGGGCUGGUUCUUCCCAGGGUAUCUUUGAUUUAAAAAGUGAAUACAAAAUGGCUUUGGACUCUGAGGACAGUCCUCCUUUCUUGGCAUCUUGGAUUUGGAAAGCUGACACUUUACCUAGAAUCAAAACAUUCUUGUAGAUGUGUGCUCAUAAUAGCAUAGGGGUUAAAUCUGGACUAUUGAAGAGGGGUGUUUUGGAAAAUGUGUCUUUGCCCCAUUUUCCAUGAGGAUUUGGAAUCGAUCUUGCAUGUGCUUCGGGAUUGCUGUCAGACAAGACCAAUAUGGUUGCAGCUGGGGGUUAAAGUGGCAGACCAGAUGUUCUGGGGAAGUAAUCUUCAGGAUUGGCUCAAUUGGAAUGGAAGACAAAGCUGCAGGUUCAUAUCGGUCAAUCCCCCGUGGAGAAUCCUUUUUCCUUUUGCUGUUUGGAACAUAUGGAAAAAAAGGAAUUCAGUUGUCUUUCACAAGAAGACACAUAAUCAAAACUUGGCUGUUGAGACAGUUAAUCAAGCAGUACACUCUGUGUAUCUUCUCCAAGAACACCGAGUCACAGGAUUGUUAAAAGAAUUUGAUGGGAAAAACCUCCUGAAGGGUGGAUGAAGUUGAACAUGGAUGGAUCUGCCAUUGGUAACCCGGGUCCAGCUGGGUGCGGAGGUGUAAUUAGAGAUAAUAAUGGUCAAUGGGUAGCAGGAUUUACCAGAAGAAUCGGGGUUACUACCAGUUUUGCAGCGGAGUUGUGGGGACUCAGAGAUGGGCUCAUGAUGUCCUGCAGCCUCAAUAUUUCCUCUCUUAUUGUUGAACUUGAUGCUAAAGGAAUUCUGAAUAUGUGAAUAAUGUUGUUUCUCCUAUAUUGGAUGACUGCAGGCUACUGGCUACCUGCAUUCCUCGGAUUUAGUUUAAGCACGGUUACCGCCAAGUGAACCAGUGUGCAGACAGCCUUGCAAGGAUGAGCAGCAGUCAGGAACUAGGUUUUAUUUCUUUUAAUAGUCCGCUUGUGGACAUUCUAAGUGUGUUUGAGGAUGACUGUAAUGGGGUCUUCUGUAA